AUGUCAAAUUUGAGCUCUGUAGGUCACUUGUCUCGCAGUUUGCAGCGGCAGUUUAGUCAUUCGGUUGUCACCCCCCUCCGUAGUAGUAGCUUGGACAUGCUACAGGACACACUUUCAAUCAUAUGUAUAUCUUUUUUCACGGCGUUCUUGGGAGAAGGCUUAACAUGGCUUUUUGUAUACAGAACAGAAAAGUACCAGAAAUUAAAAGCUGAAGUAGACAAACAGUCAAAACGCUUGGAAAAGCAACGUGAUGUAACUGAGGCAGCUAUAGACCGUACAGCCAAAAAGCGUCUAGAAAAACAAGAAGAGCGAUUCAAAAACAUCAAUCGAGAAUUAUCUCUGGUUAAAAUGAAAUCCAUGUUUGCGAUAGGACUUAUAUUCACCUCAUUAUUCAAUGUUUUUAGUAGCAUAUUUGACGGGCGUGUUGUAGCUAAAUUGCCUUUCGUCCCUUUGUCAUGGAUCCAAGGAUUAUCACAUCGUAAUCUUCCAGGAAACGAUUUCACAGACGGUUCUUUUGUCUUCGUGUAUAUCUUGUGCACUAUGUCAAUCCGACAGAACGUUCAAAAAAUUCUUGGCUUCGCUCCUUCUCGCUCAUUUAAUAAACAGUCUACCGGAUUUGCUCAAAGUUAG